AUUGUCUCCCUUGUGGAAACCGAAUUGUCUGCCCUUACUGCGAUAGCUAUGGGAUUUUUGGAAAGAUCAUAAGCAUGGACGUGCUGGUAUUUCUCAUUCUAGUUCCAGUGUGUAUUCUGACAUAUCUUCUGUAUAGAAUUGUAUUUGUCACGGUAAAUGGAAAACACAAUCCAUCAAAUGCAGACAAAAGGAAAGAUCCAGCCUCCUUGAUGGUAGUAGUUGGUUCAGGAGGUCACACAAGAGAAGUCCUGUGUCUGGUGCGGCAGCUGGGGAGCCACUACUCACCCAGGUACUAUAUUAUUGCAGAUACAGACAAGAUGAGUGAACAUAAAGUCCAUGCCUUAGAAGAGAGUAGGAAAGAAGAGCAAGAAGAGUCUCAGUAUUUUGUGAUAAGAAUUCCUCGGAGCCGUAAUGUGAAGCAGUCGUGGGUCACCACAGUGCUAUCAACUCUCUAUGCUGCCGUCUACACUUUUCCUGUUGUCUUCCGACGCAAACCAGAAAUAAUUUUGUGUAAUGGCCCUGGAACAUGUAUUCCUGUUUGUCUUGCUGGACUUAUACUCAAGUGGCUCAACUUCCAGCGUACCAUGAUAGUAUAUGUGGAGAGUAUAUGUCGGGUGACAUCCUUGUCUCUCUCUGCCAAGAUACUUUACCGCUUUGCAGACCACAUGUUUGUCCAGUGGCCGACCCUACAGCAGCAGUAUCCCAAGUGUCAGUACAUUGGAAGAAUUGCAUAGUGAUAUGUUACCAUGUUUUUGUUUGUUAAUAAAACUUUUGUUUUGUUCUAGUG